AUGGCGACCGCAAAUAAAGAUCGAGAAGCAUUCAAAGAUUUAUUACAAAAACGAAAACAUUUAAAUGGUUAUUGGGUUGGAAAACGAUCAUAUUCAGAUGAAGACUUAUACGACAAUGACCAUGAGAAUCUUUAUCCAACAGACUUAUUCGAUGAUGAUGAUCAUUCUGCAGCAAAACGUGCUUCAUAUCUUGUAGGAAAACGUGGAACUUAUCUAGUCGGAAGAGACACAAGCAAACGGGCUUCUUAUCUUGUUGGUCGUAAACGCCGUGAUCUAUCCUCAAACUUUUUAACUUUCGAUCCAACAUUAGAAGAACAACGUCGGCGAUGA